CUGUCUGUUUUGUGUCAGUGUCUUCAGACAGUAGUUUCCUGGCAGACCCCUUCUCCUUCUCUGCUGGCCUGACCACUCAGUUCUCUGGGGAGUUUGGAACCAUCCUCUUCAACAAGGUGCUGGUCAACGAUGGAGGACAUUACAACUCUCACACAGGUAUCUUCACGAUACCGAUGGAAGGGCGUUACCUGAUCUCAGGAGUUCUGAUGGCUCGGCAGGGGAAGGGACUGGAGGCUGUUUUGUCUGUCUCCAACCGUAGUGUCCAUAGGCUGAUGAGCUCCGCAUCUGGAGCAGGGACAGUGGCCCAGGACAGUUGUCCCUGUGGAGGCUCUGUCUCAUUCAGCCUGAUCCUGUCUCUGAGGCAAGGGGACCACGUAGCUCUGGUCCGGACCGCAGGGCAGCUGGCCACCACAGAGUCCAGAGACAUCCUAUCAACAUUCAGCGCCAUCUUCCUCUAUGCCAAGCAGCCAAUCACCAGAUAGUUACCACUGGGCCAACCAAUCACACAGCAAGGACUUGUCAUGUACAUUCCACAACCAAUCAGAAAUCAGGAAUACAUUUAAACAGACACCAGAAAUCCAAUCACCUGCAACCCUGCAGUUGUUCAGAAUAAUGAUUUGUAUCAUAGAUAUUCACCAUGUAAAAAGUAAUUCUGCAACCCUGCAGUUGUUCAGAAUAAUUAUUUUUAUCAUAGAUAUAGAUAUUCACCAUGUAAAAAGUAAUUCUAUGCUUGCCUUUUUACUAAACAAUUAUGCCAAAGAUAUAAAAAAAAUAUUAAGUGUUAAUUCAUGUAUUUGAGAAUAUAGAUAUGUUUUUUUUCUACCUUUUUGUUUUAGAACAUUUUCCUAAAUUAACAUUUAUACAAUUAUAUAUGUACUUUUCUUUCUUUAAAAAAAUGUCAGAGGGAAGAGACCACCAUAUAGGUUAUUCAGUAUUCAUACCACAUCCUGUUUAGAUUAAUCUGUUUUACAGGUUAUUCAGUAUUCCAUACCACAUCCUGUUUAGAUUAAUCUGUUUUACAGGUUAUUCAGUAUUCCAUACCAAAACACUGUUACCAUUAGUAAAACAGUAGGGUUGAUUCCUUCCUUCACGUAUGUUGUCAAUAAACCCAUUUGAAGAUU